GGAAGCUAAAUCCCUUCUAUAAAAACCCAUUUGCUCAUGACCGCUGGAACCCAAGCUAGGAAGCAAAUAUACAAAAGAUAGUUUCAUUCGUACUAUAACAUGUUUUCUCUAACAAAAAUGCCUUCCACAGCAUCAGUUCUAUCAGCCUACACCACUUUCGCCACAUCCGCAAUGCUUGUCAGGACUGUGCUUACUGAGGUCCAGACAAUGACCGUCCAGUUGAUACCCCAGAGACUACAAGAGAAGGUAUUAUCCAAACUUGGAGGCCUUUUUGGGAAGUUCUCUGAUCAACUAAAAAUCUUCAUUGAUCAAUAUAAUGGCGUGGUCAUCAACCAAAUCUACCAGUCUUCUGAAAUUUACUUAAGCACGAGGAUUACGCCAUCAGUUGAGCAGCUUAAAGUUUCCCAAUCAGCAGAAGAGAAGAGCCUGUUAGUUACCGUCAACAAAGGCCAGAAGAUCAUUGACACAUUUGAAGGAAUUCAACUCACAUGGGAAUUUAUCUGUAUUCAAACACAGAAGCCAUCCCAUGGCCGGAAUAACGUUUCAGAAACACGUGAACGAAAAUCAAUUCAGCUCAGUUUUCACAAGAGAUACAAGGAGAUGGUGUUGAGCACUUACCUACCAUACAUAGCAGAAAGAGCAAAGGCCAUAAAAGAAUCGAAAAAGGUGGUCAAGCUACAUUCAAUUAGAGAAUAUGAAGGUUUCUGGUACUCAAUUAACCUUGACCAUCCAUCCACUUUCGAAACAUUGGCAAUGGAUCCAGUGCUCAAGAAAGAGUUGAUGGAUGAUUUGGACAGAUUUGUGGAGAGAAGGGAGUUCUACAAGAAAGUAGGGAAGGCAUGGAAGCGCGGAUAUUUGUUGUAUGGGCCUCCUGGUACAGGCAAAUCAAGUUUGAUUGCAGCCAUGGCUAAUUAUCUCAAGUUUGACAUCUAUGACUUGGAGCUUACAACUGUGAGGAGCAACUCACAGCUCAGGCACCUCUUAGUCUCUACCGGGAACCGAUCCAUACUCGUAAUAGAAGAUAUUGACUGUAGCACUGACUUGAAGAAUCGACAAUCUGGAGGAUGUAACGACAAUGAUAGUAAUUUAACACUAUCUGGGUUACUUAAUUUCGUGGAUGGCCUGUGGUCAAGCUGUGGAAACGAGAGGAUAAUCGUAUUCACAACGAACCAUAAAGAGAGAUUAGACCCUGCAUUGCUGAGGCCAGGUCGCAUGGACAAGCACAUUCACAUGUCAUUCUUGACGCCAUGUGCCUUCAAAACUCUUUCUUUUAACUAUCUCAACAUUGAAAGUCAUUCUCUUUUUCCUCAAAUUGAAGAACUAAUAAAAGAAGUGGAGGUGACCCCGGCUGAGGUAGCUGAAGAACUGAUGAAGAAUACUGAGGAUGCUGAUGUUGCCCUUGAAGGACUCAUUGAGUUCCUGGAAAAGAAGAAAGAGAAUAUGAAAUGUAAAGUUGAAGAGGAAUUAAAACAGGUCAAGGAACAAGAAAAAGAAAGUGAGAAAGUUGAGAAAGAAGGUGAUAAGAAGAGAAAGGGAGUCAACAAGAACAAGAAGAUGGCAAAGACAAAGAGGGCUAGAAAUAGAAGAUAAGGGAUCAUCCAUCUCAAACCUCUGAAGGGAUUAAAGUUUGUCAAAAUAGUUUUAAUAUCCUUAUAUUUUGUAGUUUUGGUUGAAAUAAAUAAAAAAAGGGAUUUUAAUUAGCUGCCAA